UUAACCUAAGAUGUUCAGACCAGUAUUUAAAUGAAAUUAUUAACGAUUGGGUCCAAAUUAAUCUAGAUGACACAAUUUAUGAUGAGCGGAAAUUCUUGACAAAUAAAGAGAAACCCACUUUACAAGCUAUUAUAAUGUCUAAUAACUCCGGUAUUAACAGUGAUUUUUUUAUUUAUUGUUGGGAUGGUAAAGAAUUCUUUAAAUCUACCUCCUUUAAAUAUCCUAAAGACAUUAUCGAACAUUGCAAUUACACUCAGAGCACGUUAAAAGGGGAGAGGAUUGUUGCUAGAGGAUAUAAUUUGUAUCUACUUGGAGGACAAUAUAUUCAUAACGGACAUUAUAACAAAAACAUAUGGCGAUAUUCUUUGAUUUCAAAGAAAUGGUAUCUUCAGACAGUAAUGCCAAUUGGAAGAAGAGAUAUGAUCGCUGCAUUUGUCCAAAAUAAAUUAAUAAUUAUAGCUGGUAUAGGAAAAGAUAGAAAAAAAGUUAAUCGUAUUGAUAUUUAUGAUGUACAUGCAGGUAAUUUAACGCAACGUUAAAAUUACAUAUACAGUAUACA